AUGACUGCCAACACAUCAUCGAAUGUCCUGACAUUGUUCUUAUUGAGGCAUGGACAAAGUGAGUUGAACCACGAGAAUAUCUUUUGUGGCUGGAUUGACGCUAAGUUGACUGAAAAGGGUAAAGAGCAAGCUCGUCAUUCAGCCGAGUUGAUCAAACAAUACUGCAAAACAAAUCACUUGCAAUUGCCUCAGAUUGGCUACACCUCACGUUUGAUCAGAACUCAACAAACCAUAGAAACAAUGUGCGAGGAGUUUAAGUUAGAACCGCAAUUACAUGUCGUCUACGACUUCCAUAAAAUCGAACUUGGAAGCGAAUUCAGCGGUGAAAAGAAGGAUACUGCCAAAAUUCCGAUUCUUCAAACUUGGAGGUUAAAUGAGCGCCAUUACGGUUCUUGGCAGGGCCAAAGGAAACCAAACGUAUUGAAAGAAUAUGGUAAGGAAAAAUAUAUGUUUAUUAGAAGAGACUACGAAGGUAAGCCACCACCAGUGGAUCUUAACCGUGAAAUGAUUCAACAGGAAAACGAGAAGGGCCCCUCUACCGGAUACGAAUUUAAAGAGCCAAACAGGCAAGUCAAAUAUGAAUUGGAAUGCAGCAAUCAUGACAUUGUCCUGCCGGAUUCCGAGUCUCUUCGUGAAGUGGUUUAUAGACUGAACCCCUUUUUACAGAACGUCAUACUAAAAUUAGCUAAUCAACAUGAUGAGUCGUCGUGCCUAAUAGUGGGGCAUGGAAGUUCAGUAAGAUCUCUUUUGAAGAUUUUGGAAGGCAUAUCGGACGACGACAUCAAGGAUGUCGAUAUUCCAAACGGCAUUCCAUUGGUUGUUGAAUUGGAUAAGAAUAAUGGCCUCAAAUUUAUCAGAAAAUUUUAUCUGGAUCCCGAAUCCGCGAAGAUCAAUGCAGAAAAAGUUCGUAAUGAAGGUUUCGUAAAAAACCCUUAG